CUUCCUCAUGUCGACGUUGAGUAGAUCAAGAGCCAGCCUCUCGCCAGCGGCGUCGGAACGGUCUACUUUACCUAUGGGAGAAUCUGCGGGACCAGGGAGUCCAGCUUUUAAGCCACUGGAGCCGACAAGGGAGCAGUUAUUAAAUCACUUUUUCGAAAGAUUUAAAUUUUACACUUCACUCUGCCUCGGCACGUCAGCUAUACUCGCCGUAUUUGCUUUCCUCUUUCUGAUCCCGUUCGUGGUGGAACCGGCUAUACAGACGAUUCUCGCUGAGUUCGUACCAGAAGCGGGAAUCUGUUCAGUUUCCGAGCAUGUUCAUGCGGAGACAUUAACGAACUGUACAUGGGCAUCGUGCAGAGAAGGUUGCACCACAGCGCACACGAAAUGUCAUAAGAUACGAGUAAAUCUCGCAAGGAAACCUUUUGUGGAAGGAGCACCGGUACCAACAGAAUGGGACGAGACAGACCUGCGAUUUCUGAUAAAUCCCGAAGGCUGUGGAUAUCCACCGAGAGUGAAUUGCUCGGUGUUCGCAAACGAUUACGCUGGACCUCGAGCACCAAAAAUAUUCCCAUGUUAUUAUAGCCUGACGCGACCAGAUUUGGUCGUCGCAAGGUACUCGUGGGAGUCGACGGUGAGAGGUUUGAUCCUCGCAUUGGUGCUUCCAACCACUGUCUUCGUAUUCAGUCUAAGUGUGCUCGCCUACUGGCACUGUCGGUGCUGCAAUAAAGCUUGCAAUAGGCGGGUGCACGCCGAGUCAUUCACGAGCAAAGAGGAUAGCAAGCUCCUUUGCGAGUUGGAUGAAGAUCCGAGUGAUGACGUCUUCUGACGCCGAGCGACUGUUGCCAGGCGACGCGCCUCCCCACGCUCUGAGGGCUACACACAGCUAUGAACCGCUGCGUUAUGUAGCAGCCGCUUGGCACAGCUACCUCGUAGCUGCGAUAACACCACGACCACGAAUCUUUUCUGCUAAUGCAUAUUAUUAAGCUUUAAAAAUUAAAAAUUGAUUAAAUAAACGCCUUAUUCUUGUCAGAAUCUAGUCUUUUAAAGUAAUA